CAGUGACCAGGUUUAUAGAGAGAACAAAAAGAGGAGACCUAACAACACGAGACAGACGACUAGAAGAAUUCUUUUCAACUUCAGCAUUUGGCUGCAACAGGCUGCAACAUAACUCUCUGAAGAGGGAAAAAAAGCAACAAGGAAACUAACAGGAUUUGAAACACUGAUCAGAUCUGAGGUGAAGCUCAGCGUGACCCUCCUGCGCAGCGCAAACCAGCCGGCUCGUUCUGUUACUUUCAAGUGAAAAUGCUCUGGAGAUUGACUCUUGCCGUGGCUGUGGUGUGCGUCGGUGGCAUAUGCAACUCUGUGAAGGCUGAUGUAAUGAGCAGACUGAUCAUACCGAGGGACUAUGGGGUGAAACUGUGCGGGAGAGAGUUCAUCAGAGCAGUCAUUUUCACCUGCGGCGGCUCCCGGUGGAAACGAUCCACAGAGGGGGACACAGAUCCCUUCCAGUGGCGUUCCCUCAGUGAUGUUACAGUGGAAGACAACCAGCACACCUGGCAGUCAGGCGCAGAGUUCACAGCAGAUAACCUUUCUCCUCUCCAUGUUGGCUCCUCUUACUCCCUGGCAGACCUCCUGGCCCUUUACGGGGCCAGAGGAGACAGGCAGCAGCCGUCGCUGAGUGACUUGGCCCUGCUGGAGAAGUCUCAGCGGUCCACAGUUUUAGGCGAGCAAGACGGGAACCCAGCUACAGCUGACUGGGCCAUACCGAGCAAAAAGAAAAGGAACUUUUCUCUGGGUGUGGCAGGGAAGUGCUGUAGCCAGGGCUGUACCAAGAAUGAUAUAGGACGCUUGUGCUGAGGCAGGGAGAAGGGAUGUAAUGGAUGAGUGAAGUCAGAGGGGUUGUGACAGUUGUGGAAAUCUUAAAUAUGAAGGAGAGCAAGUUCACAUCCCCCUAUUUGUUUAUUUUGUAAAAAAGGUCAUGUUCUGUAUGUACUGUAUGUCACCCUAUCAGCAUCAUUGAAAAUAAAUUUUAAAUACUGUGUUAAUAUGAAAUGUGGAGCCGUAUCAUGUUGUCUUCGACACUUGUUCAUAUGAUGAAUUUAGAGCAAUAAACGGCAUCCAUUGUGCCGCCUGCAGACUAUCUGACUAAACUACGUUCAUACUAGCUCAGGCCAAUAUCACACAUUAAUGUCAUUUAGGUUGCUGUGAAAUUAUUGCCAGAUCUAUUUUUUCUAUUAACAUCUGAAAGGACACUUCUGCAGAUAAAACAAAUAAAUACACUUAAACCCUUGCACAAAAUCUCACACUAUCAUUUUUGUGUCUAAAUGUAGAAAUCAUGUACUUUGUCGU